AUAAUUUUUCAAAAGACUGCACCGACGGCGCCUGCGAAAAGUCGCUGUAUUCAAACCAAAUUUAACGUUCGACAUUCCCCAACACAAAUCACAACGAACUGCGACUUGCUUUGCCAUAAACAAGUGAAAUUGCCAAAAAUAAAUUCGAAACGUCUGCCGGCGAAAAUCAGCUGUAGCUCGGUGCCUGUGUGCGUGUGUUUGUGCGGGUGUUCGCCGUGUGUGUGCGAGUGUUCGAGGGAGAAAUAUUUCGGCUGUGUGCGUGCGUGUGAGCUUCCAAUCAGAAAGGCAGGAUAUUCCCACAACAUCUGUAGAAUACAUUGAAAAAAAACUAGAGCUGAAAAAAUGGAUGUGAACUUUGCCGAGCUGAAAAAGGAGGCGGCCGCCACCAACGAGGACAUUUUCCAGCGGGCGCAGAAGGCCUACGAGGACUCAGGACUCGGCGGCGAUGCUGGCAACGUAAGCGGUGGCGCCCAGGACGACAAUGCCCAUACGGAGCACUAUUUCGCCAACGAGCAGAAGAACCUGGACUUUGGCGAUCCGCAGGCCUUCGUGCAGCGCCUGUCCUCCACCGCCAAGGAAGCCCAGAGGGAACUGGAUGCCAAGUUCUCCCAGAAGGCGGAUGACUUUGAGGACUUCCUUCGCGAUGCCGGCAAGGAGGUGAAGCAGGGCAUCAGUGGACUCACCACCGACUUCAUGAACGCCGAACGGGGCUUCGCCGCUCCUCUGGCGCCCUUCUCAGAGGCUCCAGCUCCAGUGGCUCCUGCUCCAGUGGCUCCUGCCCCAGUGGCUCCAGCUGUUUCCGCUCCAGCUGCGGCAGCUCCUGUGGUCCCAGCUCCUGCUCCCGUUGAGGAGGAUCUCCUGGGCAGCUUCAGCGACCAGCCAACGGCUCCACUUCAGGCCUUCCAGCCCACGGCACCGUCCAAGGCCAAUUUCUACGACGAUGAGGAGGACGACUUCCUGGCCAAGCCAACACCGCCUGCUGCUGCAGCACCAGCACCAGUACCGGCACCAACUCCAGUGACCAAAGCCGACCAGGAUUCGGACACCGAAUCGCCGUCCGUUUCGUACACUCCGUCGCCGGCCAAGAAACCCAUUGUGGAUGCCCUCAAGGAGCAGGACAACGAGAAGUUCAUCUCCUCGGAGGAUCUGCUCAGCGAUUUCAAGGAGGAGCCACGCACAGCACCAGCACCAGUCGUGCCCGCACCCGUCGCCGCUCCAGUGGCCAAACCCCCAGUGGUUCCAGUGGCUGUGCCCGUGACAACCGCUUUGGUAACCGAUCUGGAUGACGAGGAGGAGGAGGAGAGGGUGGAGGUGAUCAAGCCCAAGGCACCCGAACCGAAACCGGAGCCGCCCAAGCCCAAGGAGGAGCCGCCCAAGCCGAAGGUUGCCCCGGUGACAACCCAACAAUCUUCGUCGUCGCCGCCGCAGCCAAAGAUUGUGUCCGUGGAGGAGAUCUUCUACAAGUACGGAUUGGAUGCCUGGUUCAAGCCCGAACGUUUGCACCCGCAAGUGGAGUCGCUUAUCUACUGGCGUGAUGUGAAGAAAUCCGGCAUUGUUUUCGGCGCCGGCCUGAUCACAUUGGUGGCCAUCUCCAGCUUCUCGGUGAUCAGCGUGUUCGCCUACUUGUCGCUCCUGACUCUUUUCGGCACCGUGGCCUUCAGAAUCUACAAAUCGGUCACACAGGCCGUGCAAAAGACAAACGAGGGACAUCCCUUCAAGGAAUACCUGGAGCUGGAUCUGACGCUGUCGCAGGACAAGGUGCAGAACAUUGCUGGCGUGGCUGUGGCACAUAUCAAUGGAUUCACCUCCGAGCUGAGGCGUCUGUUUCUCGUUGAGGACAUCAUCGAUUCGAUCAAGUUCGGCGUCAUUCUGUGGGUCUUCACCUACGUUGGUGCCUGGUUCAACGGCAUGACUCUGGUCAUCUUGGCCUUUGUCUCGCUGUUUACCUUGCCCAAGGUCUACGAGAACAACAAGCAAUCGAUCGACACCUACUUGGAUCUCGUGCGCAGCAAAUUGACAGAAAUCACCGACAAGAUCCGAGUGGCCAUCCCCAUCGGCAACAAGAAGCCAGUGGCCGCCACUGAGUCUGACAAGGACAAGUAAACCGCACUAGCAACAGAAACAACCACAAUAAAACAUGUUUAUUUAUUUAUUAAGCAUUAUUUGAAUGGUUUUAAUAUUCAUCCAGGCAUUAAAUAAAUAACAAGUCUAGCAGCAAUGUUUA